UAGGCCUCAGGGACCGACCUGGCGUAAAGCGGCCGUCAUUCCUGCAGCAGAUUCCUCCAUGAGGAUCAGUCAUGGAAUAUCUCAGGGUCUUCAGGGCGCUGGUCACCCUGGUACUUCUAUUUACUACACAGAUCUACAGCCAGAAGAUUCUCUCUGACCGUAAGAAAUGCGGAGACCCCCAUUGCCAAAGUCUUAUGCUGCGGGUUUCGGCGAAAGAAAAUUACUCCGGCCCCGACUGCAGAUUCUUAACCUUUAAGACAGGAGAUGAAAUUAAUGUCUAUUAUAAACUGACUGGAAGGAGAGAAGACUUGUGGCAAGGAAGUAAAGGAAAAGCGUACGGCUUCUUUCCCAAGGAUGCAGUCACCAUUGAGGAGGUUUAUCUUAGUGAGGAGAUGGAGGUCCCCGCACAGGAAACAGAUUUUGUGUGUCUGGACGGCGGAGAAUAUUUUUUUGAGAAUGAGGAUAGUGUCUUAGGUGACAUCAGAGAAGAGCCUGCAGACCACAGUGUCCAGGGAGGUGGACAUCCUACUGAAGGGCAACCAGAUGCCAUCACCCAGGUAGCACCAGAGCCAGAAGCUCCACAGAAAGAGUCAUGGGCUGCUUCUGGCAUUGCAGGAUGGUUUGGCAUGGGACAAUCGAAUGAAAAUAAAGAUGCAGAAACUGAUGCCAAAAACAUAGACCUAGAAACAAACUUGGAAACUGAACCUCAGGAACCACCAGAGGAAGCUCCUCCAGAAAAGUCCGGCUGGCUUGGUGGCCGAAUCAAAACGUUCCUGCCAUUUGGAGGACAAAGAGAUGAAACACAAAGCAAGGAUAAUGAGGAUUACGGAGAAAAUGCUUCCACCUCAACCCAACAGACCGAGCAAGAGCAAAGUAAUACAAAUAUGGAGGGGGAAGACUCAAAGCCAAAGUGGUUUCAUUUCAGAAUUAGGGAAGUUUUAGGUUUCGGGGCUAAAAGUGAGAAGAAAGAAGAACUAAACUUGAAUGUGGAUGGAGCAGACAAUGAGAUGAUAUCGGAGAGUAAAGAAGAAGCAGUGGAGAGUAAUCUGAUGCCAGACCAGUCAGAGAUCUCAAGACCUGACCAAACGGACAAGACAAAGGACAACAUUGAAGAAGAAGACACAACUCUACCCAAUGCACAAAAGAAAGAUGCCCAAGCUAAGGAUGAAUUCAACAUUCUUAAAGACAAACAUCAACCAGAAGGUCCUCAUAAGGAUGCAUUGACCAAGAUGGACAGUUCUUUUCAAGACAAAGGAGGUGACUAUGAAGAGGAACAUAAGCUUGAAGAAGAAGAUCAUUCUACAAAGACCUUAGUGUCUAGUCAAGCUGAUGAUUACCAAGAACAGGUAGCUAAGAACAUCAAUGAAUAUUCUGAUACAAUGUCACAAGGGAUUGACCUAAGUGGACUCAGACAUGAAGUGAAUUCUGGUGUAGAUGAGCAUUCCAAGGAUGACAUUCAAAUCCUUACGAAGGGGCAUCUAGUAAAGCCUCUUGAGGCAUUGACGACAGAAAAGGACAAGGCAAUACAAGAUGAAGACUAUGGUGAGAAACUGAGAUAUCAAGAAGCAGAGCAUCAUACACAAAAUAGUCAAGCAGAAGACCCCAGAGAACAUAUAGAGAAGAUGAUUCCUGAAUAUUCUGAGACAUUGUCACAGGAGAUUGUAGAUUGUGUUAAGCAUGGUUCUGUCAUCACAGAUGAUCAUGAUAAGACUGAAGUCAUAAAUUCUGAAGAGUUGUAUCAGUCAAAGAUCACUCAAGAAAAUAAACGGACAAUGGAAGAAAGAAGUAAAGUGACCUUCAAGAGACUAGAAGAAACCUUCAACCCAAUUAGAACUCAAGAACAAGAUGAAGACCCAAAUCUUGAAGACAAUAUCUAUUUGGCUUCCCAUCAUCUCAUAGACAAACCAGAAUCAACGGAGUCAACCAGAAUCAACCAAAAGACAAAAGAUGAUACAGAAGAAAAAUUAGAUGAAUUUUCUUCAUGUUCUGAUGCCAAGGAGGCGGCCGGGACCUCAUGUAUGGAACCUCCACAGGGGGCAGAGGAGACCCCUGUGCCAAUACAAUCCGAUCCGGGGGUCCUGGCUUUCACAGCGAUACUGAGGAAGAUCUAUUCCGGGUACAAUGAUGUCCACACCCACCAUCUUAUGCCCGUCUGGUCCUUGGUGACAAGUAAAAUUGGCAAGGUUGCCUCGCUGUUACCGGAGGACCUCCAGCCCGGCGCAGAUUUUUAUGGCUGUCCCUGGGAUGUUGUGAUUUUCACCGCACUCUUCGGAUUUCUCUCCGUCUUGAUGUUUAUGUGCAGAACCAUGCGAUGCAUUAAAAGCAGAUUUUAUGCCGGUCGGGAAUGUAAACUUGGUAAUCAGAUUACUGAAGUUCUGGACAGUAAGAGGGAAGUCCUGGAAAAACUCAGCAUCGUACAGAAGCAGUAUGAAGACGUACAGCAGAAAUUACAGGAAUCGGGUCACCAGAAGUUACUGACCGAGAUCUCCGAACAGAAGGCUGUUAUGGGAUCUCUGCAGGCCUCAAACAAGGAACUGGAAGAAAACCUUGCCAAACUGGAGCGGGACCUGGAGGAGGAGAGAGUGCGGGGGUCAGAGGUGGACCAUGCGCUUGCAGAGUUAAAUGAGAAAAUCAAAGCUCUGGAGGAAGAUAUCAAGAAGGAAACAUCCCAGAAAGAAGAGACUCGCACAACCCAGAAGGUGUUUGAAAUUAAUAAAGGCCGUUUGGAGUCAUCGCUUCAAGAUGCAACAGAGGAGAAAUCUCUCCUGGAGGAAAGCAUUAAACAGCUUUCAAAGGAAGCGGAGGGCUGGGAAGAAAGGUUUAGUGAACUGUCGGAGAACUCCAGAAUCCUCAGCUCCUCUGUAUUAGUGAUGCAAGAAGAUCUGAGCAGCAAACAGAGCCAGAUCAAGUCGCUAAUUGAAAAUUUGCUGUCACUGAAAGACUGGAGCUCGGAGCUGGACGAAGUCAAUGACGAGGACGACAACGCCAUUCUGUCCAGCAUCAAAUGGGAUUUCGAGAACGGCGAGCCCCUGGGGGAUCCCCAGAAACAAAGGAUUAAGAAGCUGAUCUAUGCCGCCAUGCUGAACGCAUCUCUGAAAAGCGUGGAGUCCGAGAAGAAGCAUCUGUGUGAGAAUCUGUCUGAUGAAAUGAAGGCGAAAGAGCAGCUGGCAGAGUGCAUCGCCAAUCUCCACAACACCCGCCAGUCGCUGUCGCAGGAGAAGGGCGAGCUGGAGGAAGAGGUGGAGAAACUGAACCAGAAGAUGAGCGUCAUGAUGGAGGUGUACCAGGAGAAUGAGCAGAAGCUGCACAGGAAACUUACUGUACAGGAAAAGGAGCGGAUUCAGAAAGAGGCAAAACUGUCUAAAGCAGAUAAGAAGAUGAACAUGGCGACCAGCGAACUCGUCACCGUCAAGACAAGAGUCUCUGAACUGGAAGAGGAAAUGGAGAAGACUGUCUCCUCCUAUCAAAACCAGGUUACAUCCUAUGAAAAGAAAUCUCAUGACAACUGGCUCACUGCGAGGGCGGCAGAGAGAUACCUGAGUGAUGUGAAAAAGGAAACCGGGCACUUGAGACAGAAGUUAACAGAGGCCGAAUACAAACUGGAACUUCUGGAGAAAGAUCCCUUUGCCCUGGACGUGAUGCAAGCAAUUGGUAGAGCUUAUGCAGAUGCUUUUAUUAACCAUCAAGAGAACUCACCGUUUGGGAUUUCUCCAAUAAAUCGUCUCCCUGAAAGUCGCGCCUUCCUCUCGCCCCCCACUCUUUUGGAGGGUCCGUUGAGGCUGUCCCCGAUGCUCCCUGCAGCAGACAGAGGUGUGAGAGCACCAGGAUAUUAUCCAGGAUACCCUGGGCCUAGAGAACGAGGGGAAAUAAACGCAGACAGAAGAGCGGACCACCAGCGGACCUUAUCAGAUGCCGGCUCUUUAUCACCACCCUGGGACAGGGAACAGAGAAACAACAUGCCUCCACCAGGUUUGCCCUACCCUGAGCCCCUGUUUCCACCCAGACGGGCAGAGAGGUUUUAUCAUUACCCACCACCUUCGGGGAGGUUCUCCGGUCCUGCAGAACUUACCAGGAAUCAAGGCAAACCCUUCAUGGACUCGCAAGAGGGUCGAUCUUCUCCAGAGUAUAAGGGAAGGACAAAUACAAGUAGAAAUGGGGAGGAAGAAGCCAAUAACGCUUCUCUUCUGCAGUCAGGACCCAGUCAGGAUAAUGAAGCAAUGGAUGGACCCUCUGGAGAGUUUCCCAUGCACCCCCCUCCACCCAUGAGGGUGACCCUGUUACCCAGAGACCCCAGGGCGCCAUAUUUCCGAAGACCUCUUAUGCCUCCUCCUCCAAUGGAGAUGUACGGACCACCAGGCUACCCAGGAAUGCCACCGCCCCUCAUGCCAAUGAGAAGCCCUGUGCACCCGCUCCAGCAGCAUCACUACCCUCCUCCUCCUCCUUUCCCGAUGCACGGCGAGGCGUAUUUCUCUCCACAACCUAUAAGACCCCCAACAAGGAACGAUCCUGCCUCGGACUCUGCUCCUCCCCCCACCAGCAGCCUCCCACCCCAAGACAAGUUACCAGAACCGACAACUUGAUGCAGGAGAUGAAAAAGAGACUUUACGGCUGCAAAUACAGAAAUAUUUAUAGUUUUGGUUCAAAUUAAGGAUAUUUUAGGACCUAGAUUUCUAAGGAAAUGC